CGUCGGUUUGUUGGUGACGUCAUUGCUGCGACAGCGUAAAGUACGCUAGUGCUCUCGAAGACGGCGCUCUAUGCUCGCUAGAAUGGAUCAGCUUUGCAAACUUUUUGUUGGUGGAUUAAAUGUUCAGACGACUAGCGAAGGACUCCGUGCUCAUUUCGAACAGUACGGGCAGCUGAACGACUGCGUUGUUGUUCAAAACGACCAUCUUCAGCGGUCACGCUGUUUUGGCUUUGUAACGUAUUCAAGCGUUGAAGAGGCUGAUGCAGCAAUGGCAGCUAGGCCACACGUUGUUGAUGGUAAAAACGUGGACUUGAAAAGAGCAGUGGCUCGUGAAGAUGCAGGCAAACCUGAAGCUCUUGCCAAAGUAAAGAAAAUAUUUGUUGGGGGUCUGAAAGAAGACAUCGAAGAAAAGGAUCUAAAUGAAUAUUUUGCUCAGUUUGGUGUAAUCGAGAAAGCAGAAGUCAUCACGGACAAAGAUACCGGCAAGAAGCGUGGCUUUGGUUUUGUACACUUUGAGGACAAUGACUCUGCGGAUAAAGCAGUUGUGCUCAAGUUUCAUACGAUAAAUGGGCACAAAGUAGAAGUGAAGAAGGCACUCACUAAACAAGAAAUACAGGCUGCUGGUGGAGCCCGGGUCAGUAGGGGCAGAAGAGGCGGCGGAAUGGGAAGAAAUCAAAAUGGCUUCGGUGGCGGAAGGGGUGGUUACAGCAGCUAUGCUGGUGGCUACGAUGGAGGUUAUGGCGGGGGAUAUGGCGGUAACUACGGAGGGGGUUAUGAAGGCGCAUACAAUGACCAGAUGGGAGGCUAUGGUGGUGGCAAUGGCUACGGUGACUUUGGCAGUGGAUACAACCAACAGUCGUCUGGUUAUGGGCCUAUCAAAGGCGGAAACACUUACCGUAGCGUUGCCCCUUAUCCUCGUGGUGGUGCCUCUGGCUACGGCAGGGGUGGAUACGGAGGCCCAUGUUGAAACCAACUGGGGGGGUGAAAGUCGUCAGGCUGUCCACACAUUUCAAAGCCUUACGGGACACAAUGCGCCAUUUGUUCGGCACUAAAUACUAAAAACAAUGGCGGAUUUUAACCCCACUUAUCGGGUAGAUACAUGACUUCCAAGCGACCUGACUUGUUCGCUCAGCUUUUGUUGGAGGACACGUUCCAGUCUACUUGGAAUCAGCGCAUGUAGGCACAUAUAUAAGGAUAUCUUAGCUAUGUUAUACAUUGAUAUCUUAGCUUUCUGAUCUGCUUUUUUUGUUUGUUUGUUUUGAAUUCAAUUUUUUUCCUGAAAACCUGUGUAUUGGCAGUCAUUGUGGAUUGCACGUGUUGAGUUAUCCAAUAGGAAUGUUGCUAAAGUUUUUUAAUUUUUUUUCCUCCUGCCUGAAACGCCCCUCAACCAUGUAGCAAGCCGUUAUGUUAAAACCUUAGUAUCUCUUUUUGCGAUCUGUAAGACCACCAUAACAUUAAUUCGAAUGAACAUAUGUUUUAUUAAGGCAGUCACUUGGUAGAAUAACGUUUUUUAUUUACACUACGGUCGUGUAGUUUAAUUAUAUGCUUUAUAUGGAUUUAUUCUAAAGUAUUUUAUCCAUUUGUCUGUAAAACUGUUAAACAUUGAAGCAAAUGUAUGUUUUUUUUUUUUUAUGUUUUUUUUUGUUGUUUUUUUUUUAAUAAAAAGUUGACAGAUAAACCUUG